GCAUGAUGUGAUGAGGACGCUUCCUGAAAGUCUGCUCCUCAAACAAUCUGCCGGCAGGAUAUGAGUAUUUUGAGCCCUGUGACCGAUAACAAAUCAACCUUUGUGGGAGGUCCAGAAGAAUACUCCAGUGCCAUGCAGUCAGAGGAGUUAUUCAGCAGGAAACUCAAGGCCUUGAAUGGAAGUAUGGGCCCACCGGCUUCAAGUAUGCAGGUGAAAUCUGAUGGUGCUGGCAAAGCAAAUGGUACUCCAGCCAUGCCUAAAAUGGGUGUCAGGGCCAGGGUGACAGAAUGGCCACCGAGGAAAGAUGGAUGGGAUGGACGGCCUUCACCGAACUACCAGAGCGUGAUCCCAGUUUUUCAGAAUGGACAGCAGGAACAUAUUGUGGAAUUGCUGGAGCCAGGAGAAGAGGUCUGUGUGGAGGUGGACUACAAUGACAAAUACACACUGAGUGACCUUCUCAGCCAUUCCCCGCUGAAGGGUCUUCAUCCUAUCCGUCAACGCAGCAACAGCGAUGUCACCAUAAGUGACAUUGACUCCGAGGAUAUAAUGGACCAGAACGCUGUCAAUCCAAACACAGGAGCUUCUCUGCACCGAGAAUAUGGCAGCACAUCCUCCAUCGACCGCCAGGGGCUUACGGGAGAUGGUUUCUUCACCAUGCUGAGAGGCUACAGAGUGGAGAACUUGGACCAUCGUAGCAUUCCACCUCUGGGUUUUCCAGAGCUGUUGCGCUGUGAUGCAUCCUUGUCUCCAAGCUUGCAGACAGCAGCACAAAUUGCCAGGGGUGAGAUAGUCCACAUUCCAGGUUAUGACUACAUAGACAGUUCUGUAUUCUACAGUCGGGAGCAGGAAAAAUCAUUUAUGAGGCGUCUUAAAUCGGAGUCAACCGAAACUUCUUUGUUUAGGAAACUAAGGACCAUUAAGAGCGAGAGCGAUGCCUUGCGGCUCUCCAUGGAGGACGACCGGCGACCGCUGAGCUUUCAGAAAUGUUUUGCGCACUACGAUGUACAGAGUGUGCUUUUCAACAUCAGCGAAGCAGUCGCAAGCCGGGCUAACUUGAGCCAGAGAAAGAAUACUACCACUGGAGCUUCAGCUGCCUCAGCUGGAAUUGGGCCUGGGGUUGGUGGAGUACUGGGAGGUGGUAUAGGGCCUGGAUCUGUGGUAGAUGUUGUAGCAGCAGGUUGUAGCAGUGGAAAUACUCCCUUGUUUGAGUCUCCGCUUGGAAGCAGAGAGGACCUGAACCCCAAGGAGAACCUGGAUGCAGAUGAGGGGGAUGGAAAGAGCAACAACUUGGUGCUGAGCUGUUCGCACUUUCGUAAUGAGAUCGGUGGUGAGGGUGAGAGGAAGAUCUCCCUCUCCAGAGCCAACAGUGCCAACUACAGUGGCAUAUCCGAGAGCUGCUCUUUUGAGUCCUCUCUAAGUUCCCACUGUACGAAUGCAGGAGUUUCUGUACUGGAGGUGCCUCGAGAAAGCCAGCCAAUCCACAGGGAGAAGGUCAAACGCUACAUCAUUGAGCACAUUGAUCUUGGAGCGUACUACUACCACAAGUACUUCUAUGGAAAAGAGCACCAAAACUAUUUUGGCGUGGAUGAAAAUCUGGGUCCCGUGGCGGUGAGCAUCCGCAGGGAGAAGCUGGACGAGGGGAAAGAGAAAGAGGGAAUGCAGUACAACUAUCGGAUCACCUUCAGAACCAGUCAGUUAACCGCGCUUCGUGGAGCCAUUCUGGAGGAUGCCAUUCCAUCCACAGCGAGACACGGAAUGGCUCGUGGGCUGCCGCUGAAGGAGGUGCUGGAAUACGUCAUCCCUGAGCUGAACAUCCAGUGUCUGAGGCUGGCCAUCAACUCUCCCAAAGUCCCAGAGCAGCUCCUCAAAGUGGACGAACAAGGG